UUGUCGUUGUACCCUUUCUGCUUGAGAUAAAGAACGACCAGAGAGCAGAAUAGCAAAUUCAGGAAAACGUGCUGAGGGUAGCAUUGCGAAUACGGCAUUUAUAUUUUGUACUCGUCAGGAUUCUUAAGGUCACCAAACAUCGUAGUUUUACCCAACGGUUUCAGUAGCGGGUGUGCAUUUAUCAUGGACGAGUUACAAGACGUACAGCUAACUGAGAUCAAGCCACUACUGACUGAAAAGAACGCUCGGAAUUUCCAGGACUUUGACUGCCAGGAACAUGACAUCGAGACACCCCAUGGCGUCCUCCACGUCACCAUGAGAGGCACUCCCAAGGGGAACAAACCUGUCAUCCUCACCUACCACGACAUCGGGCUCAACCAUAAGUCCUGCUUCAACACGCUGUUCAACUUUGAGGACAUGCAGGAGAUCACGCAGCACUUCGCUGUGGUUCACGUGGACUCCCCCGGGCAGCAGGAGGGAGCCCCCCCUUUCCCUGCUGGGUACCAAUACCCUACUAUGGAUGAGUUGGCUGAGAUGCUGCCUUCAGUCUUAAACCACUUGAACCUGAGCACUAUCCUUGGGAUUGGAGUUGGAGCCGGGGCCUAUAUUUUAAGCAGAUUUGCAUUGAACCGGCCUGAGCUGGUGGAGGGGCUGGUGCUGAUCAACGUGGACCCCUGCGCAAAGGGCUGGAUCGACUGGGCUGCUUCAAAGCUCACAGGCUGGACAAGCACCCUGGUGGACACUGUGAUGGCUCAUCACUUCAGCAGUGAAGAACUUCAAGACAAUCUGGAACUGAUCCAGACAUAUCGGCUUCACAUCUCCCAGGACAUUAACCAGGACAAUCUGUAUCUCUUUGUCUCUUCCUACAACAGCCGCAGAGAUCUCGAGAUUGAAAGACCUGUUCCUGGACUCAAUGAAGAUACAGUGAACACACUCAAGUGCCCUGCCUUACUGGUAGUUGGAGACACCUCUGCUGCAGUGGAAGCUGUGGUGGAGUGCAAUUCCAGACUAAACCCAACAAAGACAACUCUAUUGAAGAUGGCAGACUGUGGUGGGUUACCUCAGGUUGUCCAGCCCGGAAAGCUGGCAGAAGCCUUCAAGUACUUUGUGCAGGGAAUGGGCUACAUGUUGCAUAACCACAGUCUCCCUUACGUUCAGCUCAGCCACUUGAACAGCGAAUCAGUGCCCACUGUGAGCAUGACGCGUCUGAACCGCUCACGCACCCACUCCUUGUCCAGCGUGGGCUCAGGGGACGGGACUCGCAGGAGCUCACACACCACCAACCAGCUGGAGGGGGCGGCUGCCGCAGUCAGCAACAGCAGCCAGGCCCGGACCAUGGAGGUGUCCUGUUAAACACAGAGUCCUCCACUGCCGGCCAGCGGGCCAGCACUCCACCCCCUUCCCAGCUCCCCUUCUGCGACCGUUAUACAUAUAUAUUACAGAAUAUAAAGGUUCCAGUACAAGACCUUACAAUCCUCCACAAUGUACAUCUUCCUGUUUUCUCGUAACAUAUGCAUGCCUCUGGUAGCACUUCCCCAACACCCCUUUUUUUAAAAUUUUUUUAUUUAAGAUAUUUGUUAUGUUGUGUUUUUUUGGUGUUUUGACUUUUAUUUCUGCAAGGAAACAAGAGUACAAAAAAUUGACAACCUUCAGUCAAAAUAGACUCCCCGCCUUUCUCACACGCACUGUUUUUUUUGUUGUGAUUCUUGUGAAUUAAAUAAUUGCUUCCUUCAAUUGCAAAAAUAAGGUGUGAAAAUGGUGUUUUAGUACUGUAUAUUUUUACGCAGCAUUUAGUACGUUGACAGUGUAAGUAAGAGCAAAUUGCUGGGAUUGUAUGCAUAAACAGAUUCUUGCAGUUGUCUUGGUUUAUGAUUUUGAUGUUUGAAAAGCACUAGUUAGAAACAAUAAAAAUAAAUAAAAGUUCAAAUGUCUUUUUCCAUAGAGUUUGUGUUUGAAUCGUUGCACCUUUGUGAAGCGGACUGCAGUUUUUCUUUCUGUAUUUGCCGCCUGUAUUGUGCUGUUCCUAUGGGUGUCAUGAACAGGAAACACCUUGGAAACUGCUUAUUAAAGUGUGUAUUAACCACA